AUGGCACAAGUACUUCUAACCAAGCAGCAGAUUAGCAAGCUCACUAACUACCUGGGCGGUGAGAAUGCCUUACUUUCAAGUUUGAGUGAGUCUGAGCGGCAAGAGCUGGAAGCGCUAGCCGAAUGUUUCCGUCUUAAGCAACACAAUCUCUACUACUACGAUACUAAGACCGAACGCCUACUUGAUCCCGUUGCGCACGACGAUGAAGAGCAGAUACAGAAGAUCUUUUACCAGCUACACAAUCUUCAGAACCAUGCUGAAAUAGACACUCUCAAUACAACAAUCCAGCAGCUUUAUUUUGGCUUUCCACUUCAAAGACUUCCUGAACUGUGGCAGGCCUGUUCAGUUUGCCAAAACCAGCCACAACCCAGCCGAUAUGUCGCAAGCAAUCUGUUAUGGAGGCACAUGCAGGUCGAGUGUAUUGACAUGCGAGAAUUUCGACCUGCCAAUGGCGGAUAUGGCUGGAUUAUGACACUUUUGGAUCUCUACUCUAGACACAUAACAGCCGUGCCAAUGGUGCACAAAUCAGCCGAAUGUGUUACUCAGGCCCUUCAUCGGCUCUUUGCGUCUCGUGCUCCGCCACGGCUGUUGCAAACGAAUGACCGGGUGUUUGCUAGUCCCGCUUUGAAGCAGCUUCUAGAGUCCAUGGGAAUCGAGCACUGGCAAGGACGCUCACAAUAUUUGCCAGGUCUGCGGCAAGUAAGACGCGCCAACAAAACACUAAUCAGAACACUCCAUAAGUGCUAUAAUAGGAAGACUGGUGGCAAUCCAAACAACAAACCACUAAAAUGGUACGGGCUGUUGUGCCCAGCUGUUAUUAUUUUAAACCAGCGCGUAAAUCCAGCCACUGGCAAAUGUCCUAUUGAGAUGGUGAAUGGAUGGGCCCCUACGCCCAUUCUCAACCAGGCCCAACAGGAUAUAUGGUUCCGAGAAGAAGAGGCAUUUGAUUCCGAAAUGGAAAGAUUGUAUUUUGCCUCAGAUAGUUCUGGUGCCAGUAACUUGUAA